AUGGUGGGAACCCUCGAAUCACGCAGUACAGCCUUAAAAGUUGUAGAGGCCGGAGCAAUGAUUGCAUUAAAUAUCAUUUCGCUUUUGGGCAACAUCUUAGUUUGUUUGUCGGUUCACAGAAAUAACAGGCUCCGCACCACAACAAAUCUUUACAUCAUUGCAUUGGCUGUAACUGACUUGAUAGCUGCAACUCUCGUCAUGCCUCCAGCUACUGGAGUUCUCAUCACCGGCAGAUGGCCCUUUGGUGAAACGGCUUGUCAAAUACACGCUUAUUUCAGUCUUUUUGCAGUAUAUGUUUCGCCUGUGACUAUGGGUCUUACUGCACUUAAUAGAUACCUUCGAAUAUGCAAAUCAGAUCAACAAUAUAAUCUGUACUUUUCGAAGAAAAAAUCUCGUAUUGUUCUAGGAUUUUCUUGGACAUUUGUUGCUCUCUACAUUUUAAUCCCUCGUCUUACUGGUCUUCAAGAAUUCUAUUUUGUGCCAAGCUAUGCAGCUUGUUUAAACAGGCACUUGACUAAUUUUGGAAAAAAGCUACACUACCUCGUUGUUCUCGGUUUGUUUUUUAUCCUUCCACUAGCAGUAACAAUAUUCAGCUACAGAAAAGUUUUGAAAAAGAUUCGGGAACACAAUACUGGAACGGCUCGAAAUCUUCGAGCAAACAACAACGAGACAGUCACAACAAACGAAAUUCGAGUAAGCAAGUCCCUUUUUAUUGUCGUCUUUGCCUUCAUGUUGUGUUGGGUGCCCGCUUGGGUCAUCGCCAUCCUGACGAGAUUGGUUUUUGGCAAUAAAAUUCCUCGCAAUGUUCAGUUACUUUGCACUUUUUCCUUAAAUAUUUCGAGCGCUAUUAAUCCCUUUAUUUAUGCUGGAAUGAAUCCUGUGUUUAGAGGAGAGUUUCGAAGAUUACUCGUAUGUAGAUUUGGAGGAGAGAAAGUCGACAAUCUUGAAUUAGAAGACCAACCACCUCGUGGGUAACUUAAGUAACCACAAAGAGACUGGGAAAGACAAGAUGGAGAGCCUCGAGUGUCAAGCAUGCAGUCAAGCGGGAUGAAAAGAUGCCAGUGACCGAAGCAAUCAUCUCUUUAGUUUAAGUUUCAUUUAGUUCAUGGCGGUCUUAAGUAAAACAGCCUGUCAUCUUUGCUAACAGAAGCCAUAAAAAACAAUAUGCCUCUGUCAGACAUAGAAUGAAAGUCAUAUCUUCUCAGUCCUCUGCAAGCAGUUCCGCUUUUGGCUGGGCAAUGCCUUUAACACACAUUUUUCACAUUUAACGCACAUUUUUCAUUUUGUAGAUUGAUAACUGAAGUUAUAAUCAGUAGGCAUUCGAAUAAAGCAUAGAGCAACGAGGUAAAAAAGUCAAGAAAAAACCUCUUGCAGGUCGUCAAGUUAACCUGUGAAGAAGUUGUAGAAAAUGGUAAAAAAUGGACUUCAUUUUGGAACAGAAUUAACUUGUCGAAGUUGACGGGGUAACUGCGCGUUAACGGCCAGUGUUAUCGUUUUCCACAGGAGGCCUAUCUAUCACUUAAAAGGCGCAUCUCAACCCAUGUUUGAAUGAUUCGUCCACUAAAAACUCAAUCUACGUCAUACAUUUAUUAUUAGACCUAAAUACGCAUAGUUAAACGAAGUUAAAGGGUAGUUUGUUGAAUAACACAUUGAUCUCUUACUUUACCAGUUCUAUUUUACAGUACAAAAAAAUCUACACGUAAUUAUAAUGAAUUCUACAAUAUUAUAGGCUUUUUAAUUCUACUCAUUUAUUUAGCUCCUGAAAACCGCGAGUACAAAUAACUCACAGUGGACUCAUAAAAAUAUCCAUCGAUACUCGACACACUAAACUGUCCAAUAAGAUAUAUGACUGUAUUUUUAGUUUUUCCUCCUUUAUAACAAAACGUCUACAAAUAAUGAGAUGAACAUCACUCGCAAAAGGUAGCGUAUAUGUUUUGAUAUUCAGAUACAAAACACUGAGUACAUGAUCUGUAGAAGUAAAUCGGGUAAAACAUGUUGAAAUUAUAGUGAAAGAAUUAUGCCAUAAAGAAGUGUCCCGAUACCGAGCGACCAAUCUUAUUACAGUAACAUUAAAAAAUGUCAAACAAACUUAUCAAGAUUUAUCGCUUUUUUUCGCAUGGUCAGCAGCUAUGCAUAAUUCUUGGAACAUAAGAAAUUUUACACAUGAUAAAAGAGUUCAAUCCCUACAGGUCUCCAAAGGAUUUUUUUGUACACCAGUAAUAGGAGGCAGCGUGGCCGAGAGGUCAGCACGUCGGACUCCCAAUCCGGCGGUCCUCGGUUCGAGUCCCGCUCUGGCCACUUCCUGGAUUUGUUCUCCGGCGUCCCGAGUUCAAAUCCUCGGCCACGCUUGUAAAUAGCCAACUGGUUGCCUCCUGCCAGUUAGGGUUUUUAAUCUUGUUAUGUUGUAUUUGAUCAAUGAGUUAUUUUUUUCUAAGUAUUUAUGAGUAGAGUGUCUGUAAACUAGCUGGAUAAGCUAAGUGCACUUUCCAUUGUAAACAAGCCUUUAAACCUCUUUUGGUGGCCGCUGCGAAGUCAUCUGAAAUCGAUCUCUAUACGCCGAAUUCAAAUUCGAUUAUAUAAAAAAAAUCAGUUAGAUGGUUAGAAACAAUCAAGCAGAGUUUAAUCAAACAUACUGAGAAUUAAUAGACACUAAUGUGUUAUACGCAGCAGUUGAAAUUUGUGAUUAAAGUUAUCAGAUUAAAAAACAGAAGUGACUUUUAACAAAGAGGCUAAAUUGAGGGGAAGGAUAUGAAAUAAUCUACAGAUUGUUCGUCAAAUAAUGAAGCAGGUGCGUUUAAAAAAGUCAAGGCGAGCUCUAAGUCAUUACGUAAUGGGAGACUUAUCAAUGUUCGCUUCGUCAGGAAACAGGAAAUGCUCGCGAAGGGGAACUGUCUUUAAUAGCGGUUAUUAAAUCCUCAAGCAAUUAUUUCACAAAAUAUUGUGUAAUUUCUGUGCAACGUACUAGUUUAUCGGUCUGUUUACGGAAAUAAAAGGCUCUUCAUUUAUAUCAGUUCUAAUAACAGGGAGUUGGCCUUUUUGCGUCAUUUUUCAAAUAGCUUAUUAUAAACAUAAUCAAAACUAUAACAAAAUUCUUAAAUCAGAUUGGCUAUCAACUGCCCUGAUUUCAGCCUUAAUAGGACAGUUAAAUAGGACAGUACGCGUCAUGCCUAAGUAAUAGGCCAUCUGCACUAAGAGGUCAUGUGACAUCGUUUUUAUGAAAAUGAAAGUUAUAUGAUUAAACGAUUACGGGGUCAUAUCUUAAACGAAAUAAUAGUGAUUUGGUUUUUCAAACCCGCACCAUUUCCUUAAAAUGAGUAAGUUCGUAGCUGGUCACGUGACCAAAUGUGAUUGAACACAAAUUUCGCACUUAAAGUUCAAGUGAAAUGUUGAAAAGAUGAUGUAGUAACGUUUACAGCACCUCUGAGCGUGACUAUCAAACGUUUAACAAGAUAUAAGCAAAAAGUAGUUUUGGCCGGCUUGUUGGAGGGCAAGAGUAUGCCCUCCAACAUGGCGGCCAAUACAAAUCAUACUAAUUGUUGAAAAAUCAAAGUGCCAUAAAUUAUCUCCCUUAAAUGCGUUUCCUCUCAAAUUUCGGGUGUAAGAUAAUUUUUAUGUGCUCUGUCAAUUUUUGGCAUCAGCAAGAUUCCAACUCAUCGUUUAAAGGAUACAUUGGUCACGUGAUCUCUUAGUGCAAGUGGCCUAUUGGACAGUACGCGCCAUCAAGCGCGGUUAAAUGGCUUUAUUUUUUUUCACUGCUAGCAAAAAAAUGUCGGAAUUUCUUGUGUUUUGAUUUAAAAAAAGAGCCUAAUAUAUCACAAAUUUUUUUAACGUUAUGAUUAAUUGGUAAAAGAACUUCGUGUCAUCCAAUUCGGUCUGUAACCAUACUGGUGAUUAAACAAAUCGGACUCCCGUAUGAUUACAGACCGAAUUGGACUCCACUCAGUCCUCUUACCAUUACUUAGGGUCUCUUUAAAUUGUACCUCCUAAAUUUCAGGACGCUGUUAAUGUACAAUUACCCCUAAAACCCCUAUGUCCACGACACUUAAAGCUACUUGUCUUUCCUAUAACUCAGAGGUACCAUAUUUUCACCCCCUUUUAACAUUAAACAAAGUUCCAAUUUUAAUUUAGAACAGAACCUUCGUGACAAACACCUCUUGCUGUGAUCCUAUCCCUCGGAUUAAUUAAAUUUGAUGAAAGUAGACGGUAAACAGAUCUUAUGAAUUAUGGAGUAUUAACUUUAAAUUGCAACCGCUAAAUCGCUGGAUGCCGUUAAUAUAUCAACUACCCUUUAGAAAGUGUUUACAACCUGUAUGUUCACGAAAUUUUACGCUACUUGUCUUUCCUAUAACUGGGGUGCAAUAUUUUGAACCCCUUUUUUGGCGUUAAACAAGGUUCCAAUUUUCAACUUUAUUUUCCUUACUGUAAUUUAGAACGCCGGGAACUUUCGUGGCAAACACCAGAUGCUAUUGCCCGGUUUAAUUAAAUUUAUUGAAAGUAGACGAUAAACAGAACAAACACUACUUGAUUUUUCUUAAACAUCUAAAUUUGUUUUCAGUUGGGAAUCACCGUUACUGGAUGUAUUUAAAACUGUUCACCAUUUGCAGUAUAUUGGUUUCGCCAACUGGAUAGCAACUGGAAUUGUGGUCAUCAAAACAUUUAAAAAGAUUCUAGUUCAACAAUGGUCGACACUCUCGAACCGCGGAGUACAGCCAUAACAGUUGUAGAGGCCGGAGCAAUGAUUGCAUUAAAUAUCAUUUCGCUUUUGGGCAACGUCCUAGUUUGUUUGUCGGUUUACAGAAAUAACAGGCUCCGCACCGACAACAAAUCUGUACAUGAUUGCAUUGGCUGUAACUGACUUGAUAGUUGCUGCAACUCUCGUCAUGCCUCCAGCGACUGGAGUUCUUAUCACAGGUAGAUGGCCUUUUGGUGAAACGGCUUGUCAAAUAUAAUACACGCUUACUUCGGUGUUUUUGCGGUGUAUGUUUCGCCUGUAACCAUGGGUCUUACUGCCCUUAAUAGAUACACAAGAAUAUGCAAAUCAGAUCAGCAAUAUAAUCUAUUCUUUUCGAAGAAAAAAUCUCUUAUUUUUUUCUUGGAUUUUCGUGGACCUUUGUUGCUCUCUGGAUUUUAAUCCCUCGUCUUACUGGUCUACAAGAAUUCUAUUUUGUGCCGAGCUAUGCAGGUUGCUUAAACAGGCAGAUGAGUGAUCUAGGAAAAAUACUACACUAUAUCGUCGUUCUUGGCUUGUUUUACGCACUUCCACUAGCAGUAACAGCUACAGAAAAGUUUUGAAAAAGAUUCGGGAACACGAUACUGGAACGGCUCGAAAUCUUCGAACAAACAAGUCAAACAACAACGAGACAGUCGCAACAAAAGAAAUUCGACUAAGCAAGUCUCUGUUUGUUGUCGUCUUUGCCUUCAUGUUGUGUUGGCUACCCGUUUGGGUCAUCACCAUCCUGACGAGAUUUUUGUUUGGCAAUAAAAUGCCGCGCAAUGUUCAGUUACUUUGCACUUUUUCCUUAAAUAUUUCGAACGCUAUUAAUCCCUUCAUUUAUGCUGGAAUGAAUCCUGUGUUUAGAAGGGAGUUUCGAAGAUUACUCGUAUGUAGAUUUGGCGGAGACAAAGUGGACAAUCAUCAAUUAGAGGACCAACUACCUCGUCGGUAAUUUCCCCGACGGCCCCCUGCAUUUAUGGUUCCAGCGAUUCCGAGAACACCUGAGCGCAGACUUAGUAACAACAACGAGACUGCGGAAGAGGAGAUGGAAAGCGUCCAGUUCCGAGCAAUCAAGGAUGAAAAGGCCGGAUGAAAAGACGCCAGUGACUGAUGCAAUCAUCUCUUUAGCUUAAGUUUCAUUCAGUUUAUGCUGGUUUUAAGUAAAACAGCCUUUCAUCUUUGCUAUUAAACAGACGCCAUUUACCAAUAGAACGCAAUUUGCUUCAGUCAAACAGACAAUGCCAAGUCAUAUUUUCUCAGUACAAAUACUUCCGUCCUCUGCAGGCAGGUCCGCUUUUGGCUGGGUUAUGCCUCUAAAUAAUUGAUUAUCUUUGUGCACUUAUUGCUUUUUGUAGAUUGCUAACUGAAUUAAGUUAUAAUCUGCAGGCAUUCGGAAUAAAGCAUAGAGCAACGAGGUGCAGGUCGUCAAGUUAACCUGUAAAGAAGUUUUAGAAAAAGGUAAAAAAUGGACUUCAUUUUGGAGCAGAAGUAACUGGUCGAAAUUGACCGGCCGGGUGUAGCUGUGCAUUAAGGGCCAGUGUUAUCAUUUCCUACAUGAGGUCUAUCUAUCACUAGCCGGACCUAAACCCACGGCUGAAUGUUUUCGUACACUAAAAACUCAAUCUACGUCAUAUUAUGAGACCUAAAUAUGCAUAGUUAAACGAAGUUAGUUAACACAUUUAUAUCUUACUUUAUCAGUUCUAUUUUACAACGCAAUAAGAUCUAUACGUAAUUGAUUCUAAAAUAUUGUAUGUUUGUAAAUUAUAGUCUGCAAGAUAAUUCCGUGUCGAAUUCCUGACAGGACCCUAUUGGGCCAACUAGCGAUUCCGCUGAAUUUACCUUUGUUAGGAUUUUAUGUCCUCUUGUCUUUGUUCAACUUAUCCGAUUCCAUUUGUCCCAGUUUGACUUUUGUCCUGAAUACGUUGAAAGGAAACCUAAUAAUGAAAUAUACAUCAUUGUAAUUCAGCUUUCCUCAGUUAAGUACAAUUAACAAGCAAAAUGAGUACAAAUAUCUCACGGUGGACUAACAAAAAUAAACUAAAAUAAUGAGCUCAACAUCCCUCACUAAGGCUAGCGUAUAUGUUGUGGUUAAUUUUUUAUCUCAGGUAAUUUUUGAUUUUCUUUCGUUUUUGGGUAUGGUGAUGUAUGCUAAUGAAGCUGAAACAAAAGAAAAAGAAAAAUUAACUGAUGUAAAGAAAAACUUCAACAUAUAUGUUUUGAUAUCCAGGUACAAAACACUGAAUACAUGAUCUGCAGGGGUAAAUCGGGUAAACAUGUUGAAAUUAUAGUGAAAGAAUUAUAAUAUGAAGAGUGUCUCCAUACCGAGUGACUCGAAUCGAGUGAAUCUUACUAACAUUAACAAAUGUUAAACAAACUUAAAUUAUCGUUUUCUUUCUCUUGGUCAGCAGUUAUGCAAAUUUCUUGGAACAUAAGAAAUUUUGGAGAAAUUUUGCACACGAGAAAAGAGUUCUAUCCCCACAGAUCCCCACAGGAUUCUUUUUGUACACCAAUAUGGCCGCCGUGGCGUGAAAUCGAUCUCUAUACGCCGAAUUCAAAUUGUAUUAUAAAAAAACCAGUUACAUGUUUAGAAACAAUCAAGCAGUGUUUAAUCAAACAUACUGAAAAUUGAUAGAAAGAGUGCAUUCAUGCAAUUUCACGGAAGAUGAAUAUUCUUCUCUUGCAAUUGUUAGUUUAUCAUUUCAAUUCAAACUAAUGUGUUAUACGCAGCAAUUGAAAUUUGUCCCUAAAGUUAUCGAUUAAAAAACAGUAAAUGACUUUUCAAAAAGAGGCUAAAUUGAAGGGAAGGAUACUACGUGUACGAGUGGAAUAAUCUUGAUUGUUCGUCAGAUGAUGAAGCAGGCGCUUUUACUUAACGUUAUCACUCAGAAUGGGAGACUUCAGCAGGAAACACGAAAUGUUCCCGACAGGAAAACUAGCUUUUUUUUGUUAAUGGUGGUUAUUAAAUCCUAAAGCAAUGAUUGCACUGAAUAUUGUGUAAUUUCUGUGCAACAUACUAGUUCGUCCGUCUGUUUACAGUAAUAACAGGCUCUUCAUUUACAUCAUUGCAACUAUCUUCAUGCCUCUAGCUACUGGAGUAUAGUAAUAACAAGCAGUUGGCCUUUUAACGUCAUUUUGUAAAUAGACAAUAAUUAUAAACAUUAGAGUCUCUUUAAAUUGUACCUGCUAAAUCCCAGGACGAUGUUAAUGUACAACUACCCUUGAAAAGGUAGUACAACCUCUAUGUUCAUGCAGUUUUACUCUACUUUUCUUUUCUAUAACUGGGGUGCCAUAUUUUCACCCCCUUUUUAGUAUUGAACAAAGCUCAAAUUUUAAUUUAGAACAGAACCUUCGCGAUCCUCUCCCUCGGAUUAAUUAAAUUUGUUGAACGUAGACGGUAAACUGAUCUUAUGAAGUCUUAACUUUUCAAUGGCGCCUAAACUUUCUCCCCUCCAUUGUCACUUUUGCAAAUGAGACGACCACGUACAAGUUAAGAUUCAUUAAUGUAAAACAAAUUUAGAUGUUUAGAAAAAACUAAGCAGUGUUUUAUGAUUAAACAUAAUAAAACCGAACCGAAAUAUAUUCUCUGUUAAGUUAGUCGAUCAUUGAAAUUAAAACUAAUGUGUUCUACGCAGCCGUCAAAACUUACUCUUAAAAUAAUCCGACUGAGAGACUGCUAAGCUACUUUAGAAAAAGACAAACAAUGAACAUAAAAGAAAAAAAAAAGUCGGAAAAGAUGGGAUGAUAGUGCGCUUGUAGAAUAAACGUCGCUAAUAGGUAAUAUCAUGAAGCAGGUGUGUUAACAAAAUUCAUAUGAAGAAAUGAAUUAUUCUUCUCCAUGUUUAUUUUAUUAUGAAAGUUGUCACUUCUGAUGGGAAAACAACGUGAUAUUAAUUACUCUUCCUUUUGGAAAUCACUUUUAACGGUGGUAUUGAAAGCUUUUCACCAUUUGCAUUGGGAUUACCAAAAGAUAGACUUUAUCGCCAUCUCUUUCGGCAGCCGUUUAAAUUCUGGUCAUUCAAAACGUUUACAAAGAUCAAGUUCAAGAAUGGUUGGCACUCUCGAAUCUCGCAGUACAGCCAUAAAAGUUGUAGAAGCUGGAGCAAUGAUGGCAUUAAAUAUUACGUCGCUUUUAGGCAACAUCCUAGUUUGUUUGUCGGUUUACAGAAAUAACAGGCUCCGUACCACAACAAAUCUGUACAUCAUUGCAUUGGCUGUAACUGACUUGAUAGCUGCAACUCUCGUCAUGCCUCCAGCGACUGGAGUUCUUAUCACAGGAAGAUGGCCUUUUGGUGAAACGGCUUGUCAAAUACACGCUUAUUUCAGUCUUUUUGCAGUGUAUGUUUCGCCUGUAACCAUGGGUCUUACUGCACUUAACAGAUACACAAGAAUAUGCAAAUCCGAUCAACAAUAUAAUCUGUACUUUUCGAAGAAAAAAUCUCGUGGUUUUCUCGUAUCUACCUGGACAUUUGUUGCUCUCUACAUUUUAAUACCACGUGUGACUGGUCUGCAAGAUUUUCAUUUUGUGCCAAGCUAUGCAGCUUGUUUGAACAGACACUUGUCAACGAGUAAUUUUGGAAAAAUUGUUCACUACUUUGUCGUUCUCGGCUUGUUUUUCGCACUUCCGCUAGCAGUAACAAUAUUCAGCUACAGAAAAGUGUUAAAAAAGAUUCGGGAACACAAUACUGGAACUGUGCAAAGUCUACGAAUGAACAACAACAAGACAGUCACCUCGAACGAGAUUCGACUAAGCAAGUCCCUUUUUGUUGUCGUCUUUGCCUUUAUGUUGUGUUGGGUACCCGCUUGGGUCAUCACCAUCCUGACGAGAUUGGUUUUUGGGAAUAAAAUGCCGCGCAAUGUUCAGUUACUUUGCACAUUUUUCUUAAAUAUUUCCAACGCCAUUAAUCCUUUUAUUUAUGCAGGAAUGAACCCGGUAUUUAGAAGAGAGUAUCGAAAAUUACUUGGAUGUAAAUUUGGAGUGAGAAUCGAGAGUAGUUUAAGUCCACAAUCAUCAAGUAGAAGACCAGCCACUUCAUGGAUAAGCAGUAACCACAACAAAACUGGGGAUGAGCAGAUGGAAAGUCUUGAUUGUUGA